AUGCCGGUUGUUAAGGGAGGAGUGUGGACUAAUAUUGAGGAUGAAAUCCUCAAAGUUUCUGUUUCUAAAUAUGGUCUAAAUCAAUGGGCGCGUGUCUCGUCAUUGCUACCGCGAAAAACACCCAAACAAUGCAAAGCAAGAUGGAACGAAUGGCUCGAUCCUAGCAUCAAAAAGAUAGAAUGGAGCAAGGAAGAGGACGAGAGAUUGCUUCAUUUGGCCAAGUUGAUGCCAACUCAAUGGCGAACAAUCGCUCCUAUUGUUGGCCGCACUGCAAACCAGUGUUUAGAACGUUACCAGAAACUCCUCGAUGAAGCCGAGCAACGAGAAUCUUCAAGCCUUGGCUUAACCGGUCCCGAAGGCGGCGAGACUCAAGCACCCACAGCCGAUGAUGUACGAAGACUACGACCAGGUGAGGUCGAUCCAGAUCCCGAGAGCAAACCCGCGAAACCCGACACCAUCGAUCUCGACGAGGAUGAGAAAGAGAUGUUAAGCGAGGCGCGUGCUCGCUUGGCUAACACACAAGGAAAGAAGGCAAAGCGAAAAGCCCGAGAGCGUCAACAAGAAGAAUCGCGUCGGCUUGCUGCUUUACAAAAACGCCGAGAACUCAAGACCGCUGGUAUCAACAUCAAGGUGGUAACUCGUAAGAAGGGGCAGAUGGACUACAAUGCCGACAUCCCAUUCGAGAAAGCACCCGCUCAAGGAUUUUAUGAUACUGUGGACGAGCAAACACGAAACGAGAAGCAACGAGCUGCUUUCGAUCCUCGGAAGCAGCAGCUUGCGAACAAGCGUAAAGGUGAACAGGAUGACGAGGCCGAAAGGAAGAGACGGAAAAACGAUAAGGAUGCUCCUUCAGCCUCUAUGCAAGCUGCCUUGAAGGCCGGACAAAUGCAAAAGAUUCGGGAAGCAGAGCAAAGUAGCAAGAGGCGAGCUCUUGUUCUUCCAACUCCCCAAGUCAGCGAUGGUGAGCUUGAGGAUAUAGUCAAGAUGGGUAUGAUGGGCGAGCGAGCAAACCUGCUUGCUCAGGCUAGCGAGAACGACGCGACUAGGGGAUUAGUGAACACUUACUCUACCCUGAACUCGCAAACGCCUAUUCGAACACCUAUGGCUCCGCCACAGGAAGAUCGGGUUGCCAAUGAAAUAAGGAAUAUUCGAGCUCUUACAGAAAACCAGUCGGCAUUAUUAGGAGGAGAGAAUGUCGAUCUUCAAGAGGGGGCUGGUUCGACGGGGUUCGAAGGUGCCACCCCUCGAAAGCAAGUAAUGUCGACACCUAACCCCUUAGCUACGCCUCUACGUGCCGGCAUUAAUGAAGUCGGUGCUACACCUCGGAGGCCCGGUCAAACACCACUACGGACUCCCAGGGAUAGCUUCGCGCUGAACGCUGGCGAUGGGGAUAUGUCCCUGGUAGGGGGAUCGACCAAUGAUAUGCGACUCCGAGACUUAUCAAUGAAGCAUCAGCUCAAGCAUGGUCUCGCUUCCCUGCCCAAACCGAAAGAAACAGAAUGGGAGCUCGAGAUACCAGAGGAUCAACGAGAAGUUAUGAUGAUGGACGAAACCGAAGAGGAUGCUGAAGUACGGGAUCAACGGGAACGUGCUAUUAGGGAAGCUCGAGAGCAACUAGAGAGGAAGAGACGGACCCAAGUGAUACAAAAACAAUUACCACGACCGGAAUCUGUUAACUUCGAAGCCCUUAUCCAACAGACAUCCUCGAUUUCCGACCCCAUCGAAGCUCAAAUUGCUAAAGAGGCUGCUUUACUUAUCGCGAAUGAUGCGGUGAAGUUCCCGGUACGAGGUGUUAAAUCCAGUGUUGGUCCUACCCAAAUACAGCAGAUCGAUGACGCCUCGCUGGCUGAGGCACGACUAAAGAUCCUUAUGGAGGUCAAUAAUAAGCCUAAACCCGAGGAGAUCCAGGCAAGUUGGGAGCGAGAGGGCAGCAAUGCACUUCUCCUUGGAUUAGGUUGCUACGAAGAUGAUGACGAGGAAGAGCAGGCGGUAGCGAUGAAAGCCGCUUUCGACGCGGUACAAGAUUCUACGAUGGAAACUGUGGAGAAGUGCGCAAAACUUGAGAAGAAGCUUACACUCCAUCUAGGCGGGUAUCAGCAGCGAGCUAAGACGCUCCGCUCGAAGAUGGGUGAGGCAUACGAAGCCUUUGAAAAGGCAAACUUCGCUCUCAGCGCAUUCAGAACGCUGGCUGUGUCGGAGGAGAUCGCUGCUAGGAGUCGACUAGAGGCCUUGAGGGAGGAAGUCGGCUAUGUCAGCCGCAGAGAACGUGAGGCGCAGGAAGCGUAUCGCCAGACCAAGGAGGAGCUCGACGCCUUAGUGGACGGCGUCAACGGCUACCAUUAA